GCCAUGAGUUCUGGUGGUGAUCAAAUGGUUUGGAACUUUGGAGAGGGAGGUUAUUGGUUCGACUAGCCAAGGAAGAAGAUAUUGUGGGUUAUUUUUAUCAGGUUGAGAUGGGUUCUUAUGAUAUGAGUACCUCACUGGACAAGAAUAACACAAAAUUGGUUGAUGUGAAUGAUAUGAAAUCAAAGUUGGCUGGUUGGAAUUAAGGUCGAUUCGAGAACGAAGUAUAUGAACAUAUUUUUAUAGCAACAGAACAGUCACUGAAAUUAAGCUGUUGUCGUUGAUUCCAGACGAAUGGAGCGUACUGAAGCCAUAAUGAAUGAUUGGAAUUAAUGAAGGCUUAUGUGUCGUGACAACAUUGGGGAUAUGGUGGCCUAUGGGUUUGUUUUACAUUUGAAUUUCAAUACAGGGAACUCGAAUACGGGGCAACUAAUCGAGCCACAAGUAGAGAACCUGAUCACCAGUCGUUUGACCCACAAAGUUUUUGUAGAAAGCCCCGAAUGAGCACUUUACCUUUCAGCAGCUCCUGUUAUUCCCUGAACCAAGUCUCUUCCACCAUGUAGUUAGGAGCUUAAUUAAGAGGAUUGAGAUAAACAAGGAAAUAAUAUCGGACUUUUGGAAGUCGGAGAGAAUUUGUAAAGAGCUUUUAAGCUGGAAAACAUCCAAAAAGUGAUGUUAAUGCCAUUGGAUUAAGCGGUGUCCAUGAGUUUGUACUAGACUAGAAGACUUGGGUCUCCAUCUGAUUCGAAAUUCUAGGGAGGAAUGGAGCUGUAAGAGAAGACCUAAAAGCUAAAACAGAUGAAUGCCAUACCCCCUCUCACACCCGUUUGCAGUACUCAAGUCAUUACUACAUCACUUAGUUGACUGUAACACAGUAGAAGAGCAAGGAAGAAGACGGUUUUUGUCAGGGGUAAACUCCUCGGACUAAUUUUAUUUUUUCAAAAAAAGUUAGAAAAAAGAAAUAUAAUUUGGUCAACGGAAGUAUUUAACAGUCAAUCAUUGGUCAAGGACAUUCCCGUUGGUGAUUAACUACAACCCGUUUGAUUGAUAAUGAUUUGCGAGUAGUCCCACCGAGGUGCCGGGCCGGAUGGCCGGUCGUGACAAAGGCAGGGUUUCUAGUUGGGGGUUCUCAAAUUGAAUUUGCUGCCAAGAAGAUGGCAAGGAGCUACAACAAGGAGAUCCGGUUCGCAAUUGAGGUGGAAAUUAUCGCGUACUUAAGGAGAUAAGCAGCAACCACGUCAAAUUAAGCUGUAAGAAAUGUUUUUCUCUUGCUCAUGUUUAUACUCGAAAGCUAUUCGACCGUGGGAAAGGAUUUAAGCUUAUUAAAGGUUUUUCUCAUUUUUCUGGUGUCUAUGAAAUCGGUUAUUAUACAGCUACUUCAUGUUCGUUGGCAUUAUAUGUUUGUUCAAUUUUAAUGGCCAAAUACAAUGGCAAUUGUGUUCAUGAGCUGAUUAGCAAAUAUGGGUAUCCACCAGAUGGUUUUUUUAGUGAAACAGUUGCUUGCAUGUUUACUAAUGGCGAGUUUACUGAUACUGCUUCUUCGGUGUUAUUUGGUAAAAUUCCUGAGACUGAAGCUUGGUGUUUGGGUGAUUUUCUGUUACAACUUAAAAUGUCUAAAAUGAGUUACAAAUUGAUAGUUGAUGAAGGUCUCCUUGUAACUAUCAAAUCUGUUCGGCGGAUAUAUGAUCGUGGCAAAAUGUUUGAUAGUGUAAAAGGUUGUACUUUUUCUGCCAGUGCUUAUGAAUCAUGUGCUAAUACAAUUACUUCUUGGGAGACUGAUCUUAUUGGGUCACUUUUGAAGUAUGUUUACAAUGGUGAUUCCGUAUGUAAGCUAAUUCAAGAGCCUGGGUACCGUUUAGAUAUGUUAUUCGAGUCUUCAGAUGUGUUUGUGUUUUUCGGAAACGGUGAGAGUCAUAAUGCUUGCAAGUUAUUUGAUAUGAUGUUACAGCAAGUUAUAGGAGUUGAUAUUGCAAAUGCGCUAGGACAGUUGGGUAGAAAGCUUGAGAAUAUAGUGUGGAGUUGGACUGGUUGUGAUGAUAAUAUUCUCUUGCAACUCCAAAUUGGUUUACAUAAUGCUAUGGGGGUCAUACUUGGUGAAUUGUUGAAGGAGGAUGCAAUUCAGAAUGGGCACGGGAAGGUGCUGCGAAUACACUUGGAGGAGUUCAAGUAUCUUCUGAUGCUUCUUUCAGUUUCCAUAAAGGUGAGAAGCCACUUUUGUCUUACGAGAAAAGAAUUCUUUUGGCUCUCUCUUUUACUUCUUGAGAAAAUUCUGAAGAGAAUUUUUCAUUCCAACUGGAUUAGUUUGGACACACCUUACUAUGCUCCAUAUGCUACUUCAUAUUACAACCAAUGGAUAGGUUUAUACAAAAUUGAAUUCAUUUGGUUACGGGAAUAUAGCUGCAUCGAUUUUGUAUUUGCAAGGUUAGUAGGAAUUCUUUUCACGACUGUAGCACUCCGGUUGGUUGUUUGCUUGAGGCGGAAACUGCCCGCAACUUAUGAUGCUCAAUUCUAUUGUUUUCUGGUGCGUGUUCUUGAGCAGGGAUGGAUUUUAAAUAUAUCAACGCCAAGACCUUUUCUCAUCGAAGUUUCUGCGUCCACUUCGCUUAUAGUACCCACAUGUGUAGUGAAGAGUUAUACUGAUGUGCUUGAGCAGCUAAAGGUUGACCUUGGGGGUUUCAGCCAAGUCUUUUACUCCUUGUCAGCUUAUGGAAGCUAAUGAAAAAGGUGAGACGCUACACCAUUCAGUUGUAUAUAAGGUGAAUCCCGCUGUGGGAAGUGCUGUUUGUAUGAGUGCAUACCAAGCCAAGAGAAGUUUUAAAGUUGGAGAUCAUUUCUAUCUAAACCUACAGCCAUACAUACAGCAGUCAACAACUCGAAGAGUAUUUCAUAUAUCGAAGUGGAAAUUGGCGGUAGUUCCGACGACAGUAGCUACUUCACCGUUGCCUGAUCAAGUAGGUGAACAAGAUGAUAUAUUAGUCGCAGCUUUAACCUUGAGGCCAAGGUUGGUCUGAAGGGGACGGGAAUGAUAAGACUCGGCCACAAACGUGACCAAGGAUGGCUUAUUAGAGUUAGCGCGGCAUUACUGGUCCAUCUGCGUGGACCUAGUGUUUGGUUAUUUGUUUUUAUUUAUUAUCCUAGUCAUGUAAAAGUUUGUCCUGGAGUGUCUUGUAAACAGUUAUAUACCCAGGUAGGGUAUUGGUCUUGGGAUAUCGAAUAGUUGAAUCUAAGGUUUAUCCUUCAUUUUCUCGUC